GUCGCUGCUGUUCCAUCUGGGCGCUCGGGACCUGGAGGAGCAGACCCCGCAGGAGUGGAAGUCGCGCCCGCUCAAGAUCCACCCGGAGCCAGCGCCGCGGAAGGACCCCAACGCUCGGACCCCGAUGAGCGACGCCGACGCCCCCGAGGGCCUUACGCCGACCAAGCAGCACCGCGACUCCAUAG